UCAGUUUUGCCUCACACUCAGUCGACAGAGUGUGACAAACAACAUGGUGUGCGGUUUGACCUGAACGCGUUAUAGCUGGUACUUUGUUGUCAUAUGUAUAAAAUUGGCAUAAUUUGUAGUAAAAAACAUGACUACCUUUCUGGAACUCGGUUUAAACGACUGGCUUGCUAGACAAUGUGCUGCUAUGGGUCUCAAUAGACCAACUGAAAUUCAACUCAACUGCAUACCACCGAUUCUUGUGGGUGAGGAUGUAAUUGCUUGUGCUAAGACUGGCAGUGGGAAGACUGCUGCCUUUGCUCUGCCAGUUCUGCAAAAACUGUCAGAAGAUCCAUAUGGGAUUUUUGCUGUUGUUCUUACGCCAACAAGAGAGUUGGCUUUCCAGAUUGCGGAGCAGUUCAGUGUGUUAGGAAAACCCAUGGGAGUCCGAGUGACUGUGAUUACAGGAGGCCUUGAUAUGUUACAACAAGGUGUUGACCUUUCUGUGAAACCCCACAUAGUCAUAUCAACACCUGGCAGGCUGGCAGACCAUAUUGAAAGCUGUACAAACUUCAGCCUGAAGAGGAUCAAGUUUCUUGUACUUGAUGAAGCAGAUCGUCUUUUAGAAGACAAUUUUGGCAGUCAGUUGGAAGUAAUAUUUAAGGUUUUACCCAGAAAGAGGCAAACAGUGCUGGUUAGUGCAACGAUGACAGAGACAUUGAAACAACUGCAAGACCUUACCAUGAACAAGCCAUUCUUCUGGCAGCAAGAGGCAAGUGUGGCUACAGUGGAGGAGUUGACUCAGACGUAUGUGUUGAUGGCGGCAGACAUGAAGGAUGCCUACCUGGUCCACAUCGUGCAGUCCUACACAGAGAAACACCCACACAGCUCCAUCAUCAUUUUCACAAGCACAUGCAAGUACACCCAGAUCUUGGGUAUGAUAUUUGGAGAAGUUGGGUUUGAAGUAGCAGUCUUGCACUCUAUGAUCCCUCAACGCCAGAGACUUUCUGCCCUCAACAAAUUCAAGUCAAAUGAAGUUAGAAUUCUUCUUGCAACAGAUGUUGCCAGCAGAGGCCUGGACAUCCCAACAGUAGAUCUUGUCAUUAAUCACAACGUUCCAAACAGACCCAAAGAUUAUGUCCAUCGAGUGGGACGCACAGCCAGAGCAGGUCGAGAUGGUGUGUCGCUUACAUUGGUCACACAGUUUGAUGUGAAGCUGGUACAUGCUAUUGAAGCCUUCAUCAAUGCAAAACUUACAGAGUACAAGACAAAUGAAAAGGCUGUGAUGGACAUUCUCAGUGAGGUGGCUGUAGCAAGGCGAGAAGCAGAAAUAAAACUAGAUGAACAGGACUUUGGGGAAAAGAAAGCUGUUAUCAAGAGGAAAUGUCUUCUUGAAGAAACAAAGGAUCGAGAGGUUUCCCAGAAAUUCAGGAAAUUGGAACACAAGAACAAGAAUUCAAGACAAAAGUCAUUCAUCAAGACAUCAAAGGAGAAAUCAGUAAAAUAAAAAUGCUUCUCAUGAAACUGCUCCAUUUUAAACAUGAAAGUGUGAUAAUGGCUACUUCAAGUAGUUCUGCAGAUCCCAACAGACUCUUCAUUAUAGAUCAAAUUUUGCAAUCGUAUCAACCUUUUGUGAAGUAGAUUGAUUUAAAGGUUUCAUAUUUGAAACAGUUUCAUAGAAUCAAGAUGGAUUCGGACACAAUGACUGUUGAGUUAUAACAUUUUGCACACCAGGGCAAGUGAACUGAUUGCAAAAGUAUAAAUACAUUGUGACAAAAGCAUUUGGGGCUGGCUCAGUUGGUUAUGCAAGAAGACUGAUGUUAAUAUUAUACGUUGCUUGUAAAAUUGGGACAAUAAAUUUAUGAUGAAAUAAUUUUGAUUAGGGGCAGAAGAAAGAAACAAGCAGUUAAUCUGGGAUAGUGGGUAACAGGAGCUGAAUGAAGCAGCUGUUGGACCGGGGAUAGUGGGUAACAGGAGCUGAAUGAAGCAGCUGUUGGACCCGGGACAGGAGCUGAAUGAAGCAGCUGUUGGACCCGGGACAGGAGCUGAAUGAAGCAGCUGUUGGACCGGGGAUAGUGGGUAACAGGAGCUGAAUGAAGCAGCUGUUGGACCGGGGAUAGUGGGUAACAGGAGCUGAAUGAAGAAGCUGUUAGACCUGGGAUAGUGGGUAACAGGAGCAGAAUGAAGCAGCUGUUGGACCGGGGAUAGUGGGUAACAGGAGCAGAAUGAAGCAGCUGUUGGACCCGGGAUAGUGGGUAACAGGAGCAGAAUGAAGCAGGUGUUAGACCUGGGAUAGUGGGUAACAGGAGCUGAAUGAAGCAGCUGUUGGACCCGGGAUAGUGGGUAACAGGAGCAGAAUAAAGCAGCUGUUGGACCCGGGAUAGUUGGUAACAGGAGCUGAAUGAAGCAGCUGUUAGACCUGGGAUAGUGGGUAACAGGAGCAGAAUGAAGCAGCUGUUGGGCCCGGGACAGGAGCUGAAUGAAGCAGCUGUUGGACCCGGGACAGGAGCUGAAUGAAGCAGCUGUUGGACCCGGGAUAGUGGGUAACAGGAGCUGAAUGAAGCAGCUGUUAGACCUGGGAUAGUGGGUAACAGGAGCAGAAUGAAGCAGCUGUUGGACCCGGGAUAGUGGGUAACAGGAGCUGAAUGAAGCAGCUGUUGGACCCGGGAUAGUGGGUAACAGGUUGUUGACCUGAGUAGUGUACACUAGGUAUGAAGAUCACUCAAGGAAGCAGGACCUUGGACAUCUGUACAUGAAAGAGGACACAUUGUGACACCUUCAAGGAAGUAAGGAGGAAGUCAGUUUAACAGUGGAGGAGCGACCUAUGCAAUGGUGAAGUGUGGAAAAGGUGCACUUGGUCACGCGACCUAACCUAGAGUCUGGUUUGACAUCCAUUGCACUGCACUUUUAUCCAUGAAGUAUUAUGGGAAAAUGAAAGUGAUUAGCUUGGGUAUUAUUAUUAAUAUGCCAGACAUGACACAAAAUGAGUUGAAUAUGAUAAAUGCAUACACAAA